GGCCACACUUGGCCGCGAGUCAGCGCCGUGCCGCCGUGGUCAGUCGUUCGCGUCAUGUCGUAGCGAGAGCUCCACGCGCGAGAUCCCCCAGAUGCAACGGUCCGUCACGGCGACGCCGCACGCACGCACAACGGUCACAGUCACCUGUCAAAGUCGAGCGCAGCGUUCAUCGAGGAGCGUCGCGCGACUCGGUGCUCCCGAGUCCGUUCCCUCGUGACGCGUAACGGAAGCCUGGACAUCGAAAAUGCGCGUCAUAUUCGUAAAAUUCCGCGAGAUCUCGCAGAAAUAUCCGAUCGUUCGAGGCAUGGCGUCCUACUCGAUUAUAUGGCCAACCGCGAACCUGCUGCAACAGAAGAUAAGGGGCAAAGAAGAGCUUAAUUACGCGGAGGCCGCGCGAUUCGGUCUAUUCGGUAGCCUUUACGUAGCGCCCACGCUAUUCUGCUGGCUGAAAUGCGCGUCUUACUUCUGGCCGAGGAUGGAUUUGAAGUCUGCGAUCACUAAGGCUUUGGUGGAACAAGUUACGUACGGACCCGCGGCUAUGUGUUCCUUCUUCUUUGGCAUGAGCCUUCUUGAAUUAAAGCCAGUUUCGGAAUGCAUCGACGAGGUCAAAAUUAAGUUUUGGCCGACAUACAAGAUUGCCAUUUGCGUAUGGCCAAUCCUGCAAACCAUCAACUUCACGCUAAUCCCAGAACGAAAUCGCGUUGUGUACGUCAGUGUGUGCAGUUUAGUCUGGACGUGUUUCCUUGCCUACGUGAAAUCUCUCGAAGCCAAGCAGAAGGAGCUAGUGAACAAUGUUAAUCCCAGGAUGAUCUCGGAGAGUAAAGCGCAAACCAAUGAGCGAGCCGGUCGUAUACAAAUUCCUCUACUACGAUGAACGAUUUAUAGCAAAUUGAUAGACUAAUUUAUUUGUACAUAGAAUUCGCAAUUGGAAAUGUUUAUACUGUACGACGCGACUCACAUCUGAUUAUCUGUGAUAUUCACAGUACAAAAAAAAAUUUUAGCUACUUAAUUCUGCAGGAAAAUAUUUUACAUAUUUAUGAUGUAUGUUAAUAUUAAACGAAGAAUUGAAAGUAUAUUUAAAUCUUUUUAAGCGGAAAUAACACGAUUGAGAGAUACAAAAACACAACUUUUGACACAACAAUUGUUAAUAUUAAUCACAAUAUUAGAAUACAGAAUAAAAAUUUUAAACGAAAUCAGAUAUCUCGAAUUUUGUGUUUCUCUCUAAAGAAGAUUUUACAGAAGAUUUUUCUCUACGGUAUAUAUUGAUAAAAAAAAUUCGUUUUUAGUGAAAAUUGAUCAAAUCUUUUUAGCGAAGUUUCAAUCUGUACUUGGCAUUGCAGAGACUGGUCGAAACUUAAUUUUUUAACAUUUUUAAUAUCUUUUUUUAAACUUAAAUUAUUUCAAUUUUUAUAAUGCAUUGUUACGCAUGCGUAACAUUUGUUAUAAUGUUAAUAACAUUGUUGCGCAAUUGCAAUUAUAAUAUACAUAUUCUUUGAAAAGAUCGAGCACGGAAUAAAACUAAACAAUAUAACAUCGAAA